CCCUUAACGUGCAACUUCUCGACGCACUGCUUAUAGCACGUAGUCAUAACUUCUGAUAAUGUUUAGAGUAAUUACACUAUAACUGCGAACAGUCGCUCCGCACCGGCUAAACAGCAAGUAUCUAUCCUUCAAAUGGCCACCAUUGUCUUUUGUUCAGUAAACAAAAUGGCUCAGGCCAGCGCGAGACGAUGUUUAUUAGCACAUUUAAAGGGCCAGGCUAGCGCAGUGGAGUCGCAUUCGCCGUUAUCCUCCGUUCACAACCCGUCACUGACUUUGCUUCCGGGAACGAGAUGGUUUUCCAGGGGUCCCAGCGUACGGUUUAUGUCCCAUGGGACUGCGGGCAGGACCGCUGCCGGGAGAACCAGAAGGGGAACCCUGGCACUCACUGGAGCCGCAGCGCUGACAGCAGCGGUGGCGGGGGUUUUGGCCAACGCUAACCACUUCCAGCGUGCUGAAAUGGCAACGAAAGUGUCCUCUGCUACCGAGGAGAAGAAGCAAGAGGGAGAUAUCGUGGAGAGAUGUCGGGGGUUCAUGUCUCUUCCGGUGACCGACAUUGCCGUGCUGCAGGAGAGGAAAGAGGAGAUGAGUACGAAGAUGGAGAUGCUGAUCAUGGAAACUCAGGCCGAUUUCUGCAAAGCCCUGGAGAAGGUGGAUGGCGGGACGUUCAAGGUGGACAGGUGGCACAGGAAGGAAGGUGGAGGAGGAAUCAGCUGUGUAAUGCAAGAUGGAAAGGUGUUUGAGAAGGCAGGGGUCAAUGUGUCAGUGGUGUUUGGACACCUGACCGAGGAGGCUGCCAAACAGAUGAGGAGCAGAGGGAAAGUCCUCAAAGGAAAAGAUGGUAAGCUGCCAUUCUGUGCCAUGGGUGUGAGCUCCGUCAUCCACCCCAAGAACCCCCACAUCCCUACAGUGCACUUCAACUACAGAUACUUCGAGAUCGAAGAGGAAGAUGGCUCAAAGCAGUGGUGGUUUGGUGGAGGCACAGACCUGACGCCAGUUUAUAUCAAUGAAGAAGAUGCAUUUCUCUUUCACAACACCCUGAAGGAGGCCUGCGACAAACACCACUCGCAGUACUACCCUGACUUUAAGAAAUGGUGUGACAGAUACUUCUUCGUCCGGCACAGAGGAGAGACUCGAGGUAUUGGAGGAAUCUUCUUUGAUGACUUGGACUCGCCAAAUCAACAGGAGGCAUUUAACUUCGUCAAGAGUUGUGCUCGCACUGUGGUGCCCUGUUACCUUCCCAUCGUCUACAAACACCUCAAAGACCCCUUCACUCAGGAGGAGAAGGACUGGCAGCAGGUGCGACGAGGAAGGUAUGUGGAGUUUAACCUCGUGUACGACAGGGGAGUAAAGUUCGGCUUGGCUACCCCCGGCUCCAGAAUAGAGAGCAUCCUUAUGUCCCUCCCCCUCACUGCCAGGUGGGAGUACAUGCACGAGCCUGCCGCUGGUACCCGGGAGGCGGAGAUGCUGGAGGUGCUAAAAAACCCCAGAGAGUGGGUGUGAGCAUGGUGUUUACAGGUUUACAGCACAGGCAGCCGGGAAGCUGUCUUUGUGAUAAUUAAAAAGAGUGUGACCUGUUUGACAAAAACAGCAGCAGUGAUCACUACAAUAAUAUAAAAUUUGCAUUGCACUUAUCUGAAGAGUUUUUUAAUCAAUGCUGGUACUUUUCUCUUUCCUGAUUACUUCAUUCAUGCAGCUUUGUUGACACUUAAAUACGACUGGGUCACAUUGUUCCUCAUAAUUAUUGAUUGUGUUUUCAAUUUGACAACCCAGCUUUGUGUCAGUGCCCUCUUUAUGGUAUAAAAGACCAAAUAAUGUAACUGUUGUACAAACUUCUUUUGAUGAAGUCCACCUUGUAAGAAUAAUUUGUGUACAAUACUAGAUGGUUUUUUUCUGUGCCAGAGUUUAUAGUGCCCUGCACUUCUUUAAGCUGGCACAGCUCCGCUUGCCACUUACAAAGCACUGAAAGGAAAAAAGGGACAAACUGAGCCACCAUAUGUUUACGCAUGUGUGCCACUAUUUGUAUGAAAUGUUAAUAAAUCUUGAUUUUGUGCUUUAUUGUA